AUGUCGUCUAUACGACCAUUCCAAAUGGAUGACUUGUUCUCCGUGAACCCAAUCAAUAUUGAUCCCCUUACUGAGAACUUCAACCCCAGCUUUUAUAGUCAAUAUUUAAUUGAAUGGCCCACCUUCUUUUUCAAAUCAACAGAAGAAACUCAUGGUCUGUUUGAUCAACUGUACGAGAUCAGUGGAUACAUGAUGGGAAAGACAGAAGGUCGUCUUGAUAAGAAAGAAUGGCACACUCACAUCACAGCAGUGACAGUGAUGCCUACCUAUAGGAGAUUAGGACUUGCACAAGGACUCUGUGUUCAAUUAGAGAAGAUGAGUGUAGGAGGAGUAUAUGACACUUUAUUCGUUGAUUUAUUUGUUAAGGUAACUAAUUCGCUGGCUUAUAAGAUGUAUAAAGGUUUAGGUUAUUCUGUAUAUCGACGAGUGAUUGGAUAUUAUGGUAGAACCGUACCUGAAGAUAGAAAUAAUCUUGAUGAUGAAAUCGAUGCAUUUGAUAUGAGGAAAGCAUUACCUCGAGAUAUUAAACGUGAAACUGUUAGAGAUAAUGGAGAAAAGGUAUAUGUUUUACCCAAUGAGAUAGAGUUUUGA